AUGGUUUUUAUUUCAGACUGGUAUUCCAGAAAAAAACAUUUUUUGGAUUGUGUGCUUCAGUCAAUGUCGGUGAAUGUCAUGGAAGAAUUUUUAAAAGUAAUCAGAAUUCUUCAAUAUGAAUUUUCGACAGUUGAGGAAAAGUGCAAUGCACUAGAUUUAUUGAGAGACUACAUCGAUAAUAUUGAUUUUGCAAAUAGUUUUACUAAAACAGAAGGUGCAGAUAUUCUAAUCCAAUGUGUAAAAGAUGAUAAUAGUUCGGUUCGCUCAAAUGCUAUUAACAUAAUUGCAGAAAUGUCGCAAAACAAUACAUUUUGCCAACAAUAUUUCUUAAAUUUUGAUAUUAUUAAAUUGUUAAUUGAAUACUUAAACAGUGAUGACUUGGAAGUUCUCUUAAGUACUCUCUAUGCAUUAUCAGCAUUAAUAAGGAAUUAUGAACCGGGUUUGAUGGAAUUUAAAAACAAUUAUGGUCUUACUCGGUUAAUUAAAUGUUUAAGUACUGAAUGUUCCCGUGUGUUUGUAAAGGCGUGCUUUUUAAUAACAUCAUUAUCUUCGGAACAUUCUUCAAUAAAAGGUAAGAAUUAUGUAAUAUUUUUUAAUGCUCUAUUCGACUAG